CGUCGUUCUUAAGCAGUCAAACGUCGGCGUUCAUCGUCGACGACACGGUAUUACAAUAACAUCAAUCUGGAUGGAAACUUUAGACAAUGUAGAGUUUCAAACAUUGAUUGAAACGUGUAAUGUCGAGAUAGUGUUACAUUACGCAUAUAAAUACAUACAGGAAAUUGACUAAACGCACACAAUCGAGAAAUUGCUGAAACAAAACAGUUGUUAUUUUGUGUAAUGAGUGAACGAAAUGCAAUAAAUUAAACGUUAAACUGCAAAAGAGACACGUCGUUUUUGUUAACACACUGUGCAAAAGAAAUGUACACAUACAUGAAUUUGUAAAAUUAAAUAUUAAAAUUAAUAUUUUAAAAAAGGAUCAACAAUUCGGCUGGUUGCAUGAGUCAGUGAUAUGUUUUUAUAAUGAUGAUCAUCCAAACUUGCGUGAUUUUUUGUGCUUUGAUGUGCUUUUAAAUUAUUAAAUACACUUUCAGACAUUAAUAAUUGCAACUAUAUUUACAAAAAAAUAAUUUCCAGGUAAAUUCUUUUUAUUCAAAUAACCGCCUAUGUCAAAAUCUUUCGAUCACUGAAUGCAUUACUGAAUCAUACAAUCAGACAACUUUUCGGCUUUUUACAUUUUUGUUUUACAAGUUCAUAAAUGUGUUCUUUUUGCACUAUGUGUGAAAAUAACAAGUUUUUUCUGCAGUAUGUGUUUCAUUAUACUGUCCAUUAAUUACAAAAAAUAACAGCUGUUUAAUUCCAGCUUUUCAAUUGUUAUAGAUACAUUCCUGUUAACUUUACUACUUUCCGACAUGUGAUAAAAUGCCAUAAAAUUGUAUAACAAGUGACUCGUUAUUCCAGUUUGUUUUACAUUGCGUUUUGCGGUCAUAUUCUCAUACCGGCAGAAUAACGUAUAAUACUUAUAUAUGAUUGUUACAAAUCAUCUCUGCAAUGCGUGAUCGCUUGCGUAUAUCGAGACGCAGACUCGCUGUCACCGUUGUGUCGCACCGCAAAAUAAGAAUACGAGUUUUCUCCAGAGGAGAGUGAAGUUUGACGAUAUGAUCAUGUAAUUACUGGGAUUGUAAUUAACAAUUCAUUACAAAUGUGGCACCGGAAGAGCUCGGGCACUUGUGCGUAUCGAUCACUCAUGCGAGAGACGUGUUAGUUGUGCAAGGUGAGUCACAUAAGGGAGAUCGAAUUGCUAAGCGAGAAGGAGCCUCGCCUGUCAACCGUCGCAGAUAGAAUUCUGCACUUCUUAUCCAGUAUCUAGUAAGUAUUUCUGUGCAACGGAAAUGCGCGGAAUCACGGAAAGAACACCCCUGAGAAGAUCGGACUCGCCCGAUUACAUCGAGUUCGCCAGCCUCUUGAGGACUCGAAGAACACGAUUACGACAGUUCCAAUGCUGCGUCUGCGGCAUCCUGAUAGUGGUUUUCACCAUGGCUCUGGUGGUGUCCAUCAGUUACUCCAUGAGUCACACCAACUCCACCAAUCCCGCCAACGACAAUGCAACGUCCCCUGAUAAUCUACGUAGUGCCUUGAGAUUAGGACUGUCACUUGGAUCUACCUCGCACGCGGCCUUCAGCAACACCGCUAGUGCCACAGCCGAGCCCAAUUCCAUUCUGAUAUCUAAUGAGAAUGUCAAUAUCCCGACAAAGCGUCUCAGUCAACUGGAAUACACGCAGGGAUUACGAGCUGGCGAACAGGCGAUGAAGGAUCGUCUGUCCGCGGAUAUGAUCGCCGCGAAAUCACCGCUGCCAUCUUCAUCCCCUGAAUCCAGACACCGCCACGCGGUGAGCACCUGUUCCAACGUUAGCGCCCUUGCUCUAGCAGCGGUGGGUGAAAUCGCGGCGACGAAAGUGAUCGAGAAAAUGAGGUCCACCAAUGAUGAACCAUCGGCGAUCGACACUCUCUUCGACAGCGGCUGGUUACCGAAAAACGUGUGCAAACGAUACUUCGACCGCGCCUGCAAACCCGGUAAAUACCGAACUAUUGACGGCAGCUGCAAUCGGCCGACAGGCUGGGGCAUUGGCAUGACGCCCUUUCGAAGGGCCCUGCCGCCCGAUUACGCCGACGGAAUAGCAUCGCCUCGAAAGGCACGGUCCGGGAGGGAGUUGCCCUCCGCCAGGGAAAUCAGUCUGAAAGUGCACAAACCUUCGGCCAGCAGCAAUCCGUCCUUUACGGUGAUGCUGGCGGUGUUCGGCCAGUUCCUCGACCACGACAUCACCGCGACCGCGCUCAGUCAGGGUGUCAACGGAAGUUCCAUAGCGUGCUGCUCGCCAUUAGGAAGACAGCAUCCCGAGUGCUUUCCCGUGCCAGUGGCAGCUGGCGAUCCUGUGUACGAUCUCACCGGCAAAACCUGCAUGGACUUCGUGAGAUCCGCACCGGCCCCGCGAUGCAAACUCGGUCCUAGAGAACAGCUCAAUCAGGUCAGCGCCUUCAUCGACGGCUCGGCUACUUACGGAUCCGACAACGAGACCGCUCGCGAUCUGCGCGAGUUCACCGGUGGUCGUUUGAGGAUGCAGUUCACCCCCGACAACAGGACUCUGCUGCCACCGAGCACGAAUCCCAACGACGGUUGCAAUCGCGAGGCCGAGCGACGCCGUGGCCGCUAUUGCUUCGCCGCGGGCGACGGCAGGGCAAACGAGAACCUGCACCUGACCACGAUGCACCUUCUCUGGGCGCGACAGCACAACAGGAUCGCGAACGAACUGGCCGGACUCAAUCCCGCUUGGAGCGACGAGACCCUCUACCAGGAAACGCGACGCAUCGUCGGCGCUCAAUUGCAGCACAUCGCUUAUCGCGAAUUUCUGCCCGUCAUCCUGGGCGACGAGGGGAUGAGGGAGCGGGACUUGAGGCCCAUCACGUCGGGCUACAAGAAGCGGACGCGCGAUCCGGACGAGCUGGAGGACGACCCGACGAUCGCCAAUCACUUCGCGGCCGCGGCCUUCCGCUUCGCUCACACCUUGCUGCCGGGAUUGAUGAGAAUGACGGACGCCGAAAGGGACACGCCGUCCUACGUGGAGCUGCACAGGAUGCUCUUCAAUCCCUACAGCCUCUACGCCGCGGAUGGCGUCAGACGUUCGGUCACCUCGGCGACGACCAACGUUAUUCAGAGGUACUCCACGCACGUAACUUCGCAGCUGACCAGUCACCUCUUCGAGGACCCCACGGCCAAUUCUACGGUACCUGCAUGCGGUCUCGAUUUGGUGUCGUUGAACAUUCAACGAGGACGGGAUCAUGGACUACCGGGAUACGCUGUGUGGCGGGAAUACUGUGGUCUAGGAAAGGUCGAGACUUUCGGCGACCUCGAAGGUUACUUGGAUCGUCGUGCUCUGAAACAGAUAUCGAUGCUCUACGAGACUGUCGGCGACGUGGAUUUGUAUACCGGCGCAUUAGCCGAAAUACCGAAGUCGGGCAGCCUGAUCGGGCCCACGUUUACGUGCUUGAUUCUUGAUCAGUUCGCACGUUUGCAGAAGGGAGAUCGUUUCUGGUACGAGUACGCUGAACAACCAUAUCCUUUCACAGAAGAUCAGCUCGUGGAGAUACGCAAGAGUUCACUGGCGAAAUUAAUAUGCGAUUGUUCUGACGGAAUCACGCAUGCUCAAAUGGAAGUUAUGCGUUCGGUUGAUUCUAAUAAUCCCAUGGUAUCAUGCGAAGACAUACCAGGACCUUCCUUUGAACCGUGGAAAGAAAAUCACGGUUCCAAUUCAACGUCAUUGUAGCUUAAAACUUUAUAAAUAACGUAUACAGAAUAUCUCAAAACUAUCAGAUAUACUUUUAAUAAAAAAAAACUUUUAAUAAAAAAAAAUUAAUUAAAAUUCAAGGAUAACUUUUUUUAACUAU